UUUCAUCCGCGGUCUUACUGUCCACAGAGGAGACGACGAAGGUUUUUGAGAGAGUUUUAAAAUUAAAAUUAAACAGAAGACUAUGGCGUUGUGCUAAGGCCAACACUUUCACUUGCCCGCCCAUCUGGGGAAGAAAGCAAUAGUGUGGUUCUUCAGCAGAUUUUCGUAAAGGCCUUCGUCUCAUAUCUAUGAGUGUUUGUGUUUGGCAAUUAGCUUCCCAGUGAAUCACAAAAAAAGUUAAUAACAACACUCAGCGAAGAUAAGGAAGAGUGCGUUUCCCCCCCGCUCCCGCCCACGCGCCAACCGCCGCCUAACCGCAGACCUUUGCGACCAUUGCGUAGAGCAGCCCCACAAGUUGUCCCCACGAUCGAAGACAACUAGGCCAUCGAGGUAGUGUAGUGGCAGCCAACGUAUUUGGUUGCAUCAAUAGAAUGGGAAACGACGAUCACCGGCGGAGGAAGACACCUUGCGGAUUCUGCAUGGCUGUGUUCAAGUGGAUUCCGGUUGUAUUCAUAACCGCCGUCAUUGCCUGGUCCUACUAUGCCUAUGUGGUGGAGCUCUGCAUACGCAACUCCGAGAACCUCGUUGGGAUGAUUUUAAUGCUGUUCUUCUACCACAUUGCCCUGAUACUGUUCAUGUGGUCCUACUGGAGAACCAUAAUGACAUCGGUUGGUCGAGUGCCAGAUCAAUGGCGGAUACCAGACGAGGAAGUGACGCGCCUGUUUCGUACCGACAACCCAGAGACUCAGAAACGAAUUUUGAACAGCUUUGCCCGCAGUUUGCCAGUAACCAAUCGCACAAUGAACGGCUCUGUCCGGUUUUGUGAAAAGUGUAAGAUCAUUAAGCCGGACAGAGCGCAUCAUUGCAGCGUGUGCAAUAGCUGCGUGCUCAAGAUGGAUCAUCACUGCCCCUGGGUGAACAAUUGCGUCAACUUUUACAAUUACAAAUUCUUUGUAUUGUUUCUGGGGUACGCGCUCAUCUAUUGCUUGUACGUUGCAUUCACCACUCUGCAUGAUUUCGUUCAGUUCUGGAAGGUAGGUGCCUACGAAAAUAAUGGUUACUCGGAACAGGGCCAAUUGAACGGCAGUGGCGUGGGCCGUUUUCACAUCUUGUUCCUGUUCUUCAUAUCCAUCAUGUUUGCCAUUAGUUUGGUGAGCCUGUUUGGCUAUCACAUCUAUUUGGUUCUGGUCAAUCGCACCACUUUAGAGUCUUUUCGAGCACCAGUCUUUCGCGUCGGCGGCCCCGACAAGAACGGCUUCAAUUUGGGCCGCUAUGCCAACUUCUGUGAGGUGUUUGGCGACGACUGGCAGUACUGGCCUUUGCCCAUCUUCACCAGUCGUGGUGAUGGCUUCAGCUAUCCAACAUCCAUCGAUCAAAGCGGCGAGGCGCCCCCCGCGCAGCGAUACGCUGCCAUGGGCGAUACAACCACCAACAGGUUAGAUGGCAAUCCAACAGAUAAGUUGAUUGACGCUAUACCCCUCGUCACCACACCCAAUAACCAUGUUCAACCACCUCAACUUCAACCUCAACAACAACAUCCACAUCAAGUAAGAAGCCAGAACCAGGCGCAGGCGCAGUCGCAGCGCCAGGCCCGUCCAAAGUCGUUAAAUCUGCAACCCGCACUGGAACUGCCCUUGGCAAACGGCCAAUCAUCAAGCUGCAACACGGCAGCAGUCCCGUCUAGUCAGGUGGUCGUUGUCAAUUUUAGCACCCUGCCAGAGGAUGCCAAUGGCGAUGCGGUCAUCAUCGAUAUGGUGGGCGAUCAUAGUGGAGCUGCUGCUGUUGUUGCCGCUCCCAAGGAUGCCUGCCGCCAGCCGAAUGGUGAUGUCCCACUCAACUAGACCCUGUAACUUUCGCUACGAAACCUUUUUAGAUACGUAUCUCUAUGUAUGUUUGUUGUAUAUCUGUGUAAACUGCCAGAAUGGUUGCACUUGUGCCCUGUCAUCGUUGCAGUUCUUUUCUUAAAUCUAUGUUAUAUACCACUAAGUUACCUCUAUAUACACAAAUGUAUGUGGCCUUUGUGGCUGCUGGGAAACACAUUGGGGGCACCAUAUCACACAAAAAAACAAGAAACAAAAAACAUUACAACUAUUACAAAUAGACAACUAAGUAAAUGUUUAAGCAAUGCGUUUAGUAUGCAUUUGUGUUUUACAUUCAUGUGAGAGCCAUCGCAGUUUAUAUCGAAAUGUACUGGAUCAGAAUGUAUACUAUUCCGAAGGGAAUACCGGGCAAUAUAGUGUAGUGCAGGGAUGAACGCGAGACCUGAAUGUAGGCAAAUUCCUAGAAAGGACCAAUCAACAUUCACUUAAUCGAUGGUGACCCCGUUAAGAGUUAGUUUUAUUAUUGAAAGAACACCCAUGUAGAUAUCAGCCAAUCUCCAAGACUUAACCUGAGAUUUCAGCGAGCCCAACCCAAUCGACACAUGCACCACAAAGAGAAUUUUAUCUACGAUUUAGGCAUUUCUUAUUGCUUUUAAUUAAUGUAGUUAGUUGGUAACUUAUUGCAAGUUGAUUUGGGUAGAGUUCUUUUUAUAUUUUUGAUAUGAUGUUUAGUUUAUUUUUGCUAUAAUUUUACCUAAAUAUGUUCGCUUUUAUUGAAUUUCUGUAAGAAGGGGUGAAACGAACUGAAGAAGUAUGGAAAAUAUAUUUAAAAGAGCCACAAA